GGAUCUAAUCAAGCGGACUAGUGUGUGUUUUGUUUUUUACUUUGUUGGCAGCUCUUCUGUCUGACGUUUCGUUUUUAGGUUUUUGUAAACAAUUUUAUAAAAUUCCUCAUUUUUUAAACAUUCAACAUGGAAAUUGUUAAUCCUUGCUUUUCUGUUCUCUCAAACUUGGAAGUUCUUGAAGCUCUCAAAAACAUCAAAGAUACAAAAAAGAAAUACGGUCUACGAAAUUUAGCCACAAUAACCUAUGAAACUCUCCAAUACCUUGAAGACUCCCCCUGCAAAACCCAAACCCGCGAAUCAAUUCUGGAAUUUCUAAAAGAAGUUAAACCCUACAAACUAACAAACAACGAAUGUUUAAUGAUGAUCAAUGAUCCACCUCAAACUGCUCUUCAUAUUCAAUUGCUUGUUGAAGACAGCGAAGAACGUCUGAGCGAAGACCAAGUCAAUGCUGUCCUCGAAAUAGUUAAAAGACAUUUUCCCCAAGUUUCCGAAUCUUCAAAUCAACAAUAAAAAAGAAAACAAAGAUUUUUUUU